UAGAAAUGGAGUGUUCGAACAUGAAGCAACAUCAGUACGGUUCAUACGCAGAGCCGAGGAUCUCCUUUUCGAGUGGUUUUGCAGCGAGUAAGCACGAUAUGAUCAAGUACAAGGAGGCACCUGCGUCGUCAGAUGAUUUUGAGUUCGGAGUCGAGAACUUCUCCAUGACCACAGCAGAUGAAAUAAUCUUCGAGGGAAUGAUCUUGCCGCUAAAGGAAGAAGUUAACACGACGAAGAGAAUGUCAACUCUGAGGGAAGAACUCAGCGAAGAGGAUGAUGAUUCACCGAGAAGCAAAUCGUCAAAAGGGUCGAGUGGUUGGUGGAGAGAAAGGUUAGGAUUAGGAUUCGUGAGGUCCAAGAAAGAUCAUAAGAAAAACUCUUUUUAUCACCAGUAGAACCAAUUCUUCCACUACUCAACGGCUCUUUUCUAAUUAUAUUUCUUUUCAACCAUUUUUUUGCUUUUUUCUUCUUCGUAGCUAUAGGGUUAAUUUACUCUGUAAUGUGUGUGUUUCUCUCUUCUUCGCUGUUCCUCGCCCAUGUAAAAAUUGUUUGCGGUCGAAGAUUUUUUUCUUUCUUUUUUUUGUUGUGUGUGUGUUUUGGUGCUUUCUUUAAGGGAUAAUUAAUGACGACAUAAAU